AUGGCUAACGGGCGAGGAAACCAGGUUCAGUCCACACCCUCGACAACAGCUGUUACUUCAGCAGCUGAGAAUACUGUUCAGCCGCCGGGGGCCCCACCCGAGGAGGACCACGCAGUCGAGGAGGACCACCCAAGCGAGGAGGACCACCCAAGCGAGGAGGUCCACCCAAGCGAGGAGGACUCCCAAGUCGAGGAAGACUCCCAAGUCGAGGCAGACUCCCGGAGAGUAAGAACCUCUUCCCAGCCAACUCAUCAGAUGAGCUCAUCAGGGCUGGGAUCUGUUUCUGGUAGCCCGCAGCUGGCUGUAGGUACUACCGAUACAACCGACCUCUCCCGGCGAACUGCUUGGCAGGACCUGUCAAUCAUUGAGGGUUCCUCGAGAGACAGAGCCACGCUGACGUAUAACCCAUUAUCAUCAUACACGCAAGGCAGCAUUCUCGCUCAACUCGAUCUCUCAGCCUUUUCGACAUCCCCACCAACAAGGCGAGGUUCGCUCCCACAGAGCCAUAGCCCAAUUAGUGGUUCCCGACUGAGUUCCCCGCAUCAUAUCGGUUUACUUCGUCCAGUGCGCUGGUAUCAACACCUGUUUUUUGUGGCACUUCAAGCAUCACUGAACCGCGUCACCGUAUUGGAGACCGAGAACAGAAGACUUCAGGCAGAGCAUGCACGGUUGACCGCAUGGUUUGAUUUACAGGAUUUCUUUGGGAGAUUGUCAGUGAGUUCACAGCCCGUCAUUACUUAUUUGCAACGUUUUGUUGAUGAAAGAACACCAGGUUUUAAGAGAAUCCAGGUCAUCAUCCGUCAACAGCACUUGUAUGACGUGCUCAAGGCCGAGGACCGCACUUCAGCUUACUUGGAGUGGCUACUCAAGCAAUUCAAAGAUGAAAGAGUGGGGGAGGACGAUGCUAACCUGAACGCACGCAUUAGAACACUAGAAGCGCUAGUCAACGAGAAUGCGAUAAGCGAAGAAUCCACGGUACAAAGCAAGACGCCGGUGUAUUUGGAGAGGCGUCUAAGGUUGGUAGAGGAGAGAGCUGAGAAACGGUUGGAGUGUCACGUAUUGAGAGCAAUACUUGGUAAACUUCUGCGAAAGGAAGUGCUAGAGGGAGUUGAACAUCCUGCCAAAGCUUUUUUCAACGAGCGUGUGGAACAGCUCCUGCCGGCUGACGAGGAAGGAAGAUGGCUCGAAAUCAGAUUCUUGAGAGAGGUGAUUCCCAAAAUUGAGUUAGAAGAGGAGUCGGUCAGAAAGUUACAGUCUCUCGGGCGUAAAGAUUGUUGGAACAUGUUCACACUGGUCGGGUUUCUCGGUCUUGCAGCAUUGUCUGCGGGGAUUGUUAUUUGGAAUUUUGUCGACAAGAAGGAAUUAGAUUACUACUUAACCUCUAGCAGAGACUACGCUGUUGAGCUUUUGAGACUCUCACGGGCAAGCCGCAGAAGAAAGACUCAGCCUCAGCCUCAACCUCAGCUUCGGAAGGAGGCUCCUCGAGAGAAGUUGAGCACGAUCUUUCAGCUUCGCAAUUUUGGAACAAAUUACAAACGGCAGUUGGAUGCCGUAGUAGAGGCUGUUGACAAGAAUGUCUUUUUGUCUCGGACAGUUGGCUUGUUGCUUCAAGGCGAGCAUCUUCAAGUGACUGAGCUCGCCGUGAAGAGCCUUGACAUGGCCGAGCACCCUGAUCUGAAGAUUCAAAUCGAGUACGCACGCUUGAGGAACGGCGUCACCGCCUUUGGAAAAGGGCCAAUUCCUGGGAGUACAAUGCUUGUUUUCGAGGUGGUUCAUACAUAUCACACCUUUGAUUGGUCCGACCUUGAAAUGCCAAUGCCGAUAGUGGGGAAAUGCUUCUUAGCCGCUGGCGAUGAGAGGCAGCUAUUUCCAGGACCCAAGUUCCCAAUGUCGCAUCAGCUCUACGGAUUUGGGUCUGAAAUGAAGAUAGGCUCAAUUCAUGAUAACGUGACAAUGGAUGGGGGAAGUCUCGAGCUCAAAGCUGAGUUCAAGCCGCCCUCGUGGAUUCGGCAAGAGGCAUAUUCUCGGAUCGUGCUCCCUGGGAUGCACGUGGCAAGUUUCCUCCCGUUGACUUUACAGCUUGUCGAUGAAUGGAGCUCAAAUACAAAGCUCCAGGAGCCGCUUCACUUGACCAAGAUUCGUGUGGAGUUGCAAGAGUUCAGGUGUGUGCCAGACAGAAACUUUGAAAGUACCGACAUCCAGAGAAAGGUGUUGGUUGAGCAGGAAGUCUUCAUGGCAAUUGACUUGGUCAACAAGAAAACCAUGAUUCCCCACACGAUGUACGAUUGCGUGAUUCCAGAAGUGGGCCCUACGUUCUUCACGGACGGCUUUUUGAGAACGUACGGCUUGGAAGUCACAUUGACGAUUUCUAACAAACGUACUCUUAGUUUCAAUGCAUCUGUGUUCAUCGAGCUUAAUGUGGCCCAGAAAAAGGUCGAAUGGAUGAAGGACGAGGAGGUGAGGAGGUCAAUCUCGAGCUACUUAGGCGACGGAAGUGGAGAACCUGCCCGCAUUUUUCAUCUCAUGAAGGAUCUUAGGGAUGUGGAGUCGACUGCCGAUGGCUUGUUGAUUCUUAGCGGCUUGAAUGCAGACGAAUCCACGGGAAAGUUCCAGCGAUAUCUUUUUCUGGUGCACAGGCGUGGUGGAGAGGGAUGCGUUGUCAUAGGGACUGAGAUCAUGAAAGAUAGACCUUAUAGGACGAGUGAUAAAAGCGGUAAGAACACUUCGCAAUUCGUGCUUGACCCAGGAAUGGAGCUUUCCGAAUUUGUCAAGUGUGCCUUGAUCGUUGCGCAGAGCUUUGAGGAAGCCAGCCUUCACCACCAUCACCAUGUGGAGGACACAGAGAUCCAGCUUGAACAAAUUGAGAUCAAAUUGAUUGAAGGGAGAAUGGAGAACGGCAAAGUUACGAUUGAAGAGACAAUCUUGCUUGAUGACAGGAGCUUACCUUCGAUAGGAUGGAGCGACUUCAAGGAUACCGUUGCUGGAAGCCCGAAAGCUCGUGCAAUAACGUUGCCGCAGACCUUGUUCAAAGGGAACUUGCCUGCGCAUUUGAAACCUUACGUACUUUGUCAUAAGUCGAAGUUCCACCGAGGCCAUUUGAUGGAAUGCAGAUUGCUUGUGCGUUUUCUGGGCCAGGUCCAUGCCUUUGAGUGGUCUCACCAUCUUGAAGUCGCCGACAACCGCAUGUGA